AUGGGUAAAAGUCGAGAAGCACCAGCUCAGUUCAAGCUUAAAGAUACAAUUGCUCAACUAACUGAGGAGUUGCGGCAACUUAAUAUAUUAGAACAAGGAGGAAUGAUCACUAAUAUUGAUAAAGAAAAAAAAACGAUUCAAUGUGAAAUUAGGUUAUCAACAAAAGCUUUACAUAAAUUAGAAUAUCAAAAACAGUUUCAGCAAAAAUAUAGAAAACAGAAAAAACAGAAGCUUCUGCAAAUAGAAAGGCAGUUUAAAGAGGCAGGUCUUGAUAUGCAGCUUGUUAGGCCAACAGUUGGUCACCCAAGUUUAGAAGAACAACAACCAGGUUUAUUAGAAGCUAUUGUUCAAAUUGUUUCUCCAGAUGGGCAGGCUGAUGAAAGAUGGCGUUCAGAGAUCGUAUGGUCCGUCAAGACCUUGGACCAGCUUCAAGAAGCAUUAACAAAUAUGAACUAUAAGCUAUCACACUCUGCGACAUACCUUAGGCUAAUUCCAAGACGGCAUAAUAGUGAGGAAGGAAAUGCUGCUUUGAUAAGAAAUAUGAAAGAAAUGGUAUCAUUAUUAGGUCCCAAGAGUGCUUUAGUAAUAUCUCAAGAUGAUAAAGCACGAAUACCUUUUGGUUUAGCCAUGGCCAACAAACAAGAAUACCGAGUAAAACUGCCGGAUCAUGAUUGGGUUGUUGCUGAAAGGCAUAAACUAAUUCCUUCAGUCUAUGCAAUAUUAGAUGUAAAAGAGGAUAAGUAUAGGCAAGCUGAAGCAGUAACAUAUUCAGGUCCAAUAUUUAUAAGGAUCCGUAGUAAUAAACAUAAUAGCAGUACUGUUUAUUCUCACAGUAAAGAUUUUAAUGACUUGAUGAAUGAGAAGAAAUUGCAUAACUACACUACAACAAUAAACGAACAACCCAAACCUGUAGUGGUGCUGCUAAGUAAUAGUAGUCCUGACGAGAAUCCCAGAUAUAGAAAAACAGUUCAGAUGAUAAUCGAACAUUUUGAUAAGUAUGAUCUUGAUACUAUUAUUGUGGCAUGCUUUGCACCACACCAGAAUGCAUCUAAUCCGGUCGAAAGAACAAAUAAUGAAGAAUUAGAAAAGCGUAAUUUUAAAGCAGCUGGAGAUAUUUUAACAUCAAUAUGGGAAAAUACAAUUAUAGAUAACUACCCAGUUCUUGUUAAGUAUAUAGAUCCUUCUGAUGAACUUUACAGCCCAAGUGAAAAGUCAACAACUUGGAUUGAAAAUCAUAAUCAGGCAAAUUCUCCUGAAUCGGUUUUUCCCUCCACCACUUGUGGUCCAGCAAAUGCUUUAUGGUAUUUGCAGCCUGCUUUGGAUAGUCAAGAAUUCCCGGUGGUGUAUAUUCACAAUUAUCAAUAUGAUGAAUUCUUGGUCAGUAAUGAAAAUAGUGAAACUAUGUGGGUAGAAGAAGAGAUGGUGCCAGAAGAUGCAUUAAAAACCUAUAAUCAGCAGGUACAAGUUCAAGAAGAAUUGAUUGCAGAUAAAGUGUUAAUAAUUAACUGGGAUACUUGA